AUGGUCAAUGUGUUCCGUCCGAAUGACUGUAAUAGCUCAAACACUGAGAAUGGAAAGACAAAUCAUACAGAAGCCAAGAAGAACAUCUUUAAGAAUGUUCAAAGUCUUUUUAGUUUAAAAUCAAAAAUAAAUCAUUCGAAAUAUGAGUCUACACACAAGAAAGCCCAAAGCGAUAUUUAUGAUCAACCUCAACUAGAACCUGCCUCUUCACCAUUUCAAUUCACAAAUGAUACACCAGAGCUUUAUUUAAAUAUUCAAAAUACAAACGAACCUACAGAUGAUCGUUUUAGUGUAUUUCCUAUGGAAAAUAAUUUAUCAAAAUCUGUUAAUGGACCCCGAUUUGUACAAUCCCAUGAUGACUUUGAUCUAGCAUUAAAAGUACCUGAUCUAGAUAACCAUGUCUCAGAAUCUAACUUCAGAAGUUCUCGAUAUGACAGCAAAAGUUCCAUUGAUUCGGACACACGUUUUCUAAAGAUGGACUGCUCACAAAGACGGAACAGCUCUACCAGUAAUUCCUCUUUCUCUGGCCGAGUUUCCAGAUCUCAAACAAUCAGAGAAGAACGCAGAAAUAGGAGCGAAAGCGGCAGAAGAAUCAAGACUCUGUAUGAACUAGAUCAAAACAAAAAUCUGGAUAUAUCUGAAAAGGUAGUGACCCUCUCUAACAACUUUUAUCAAAGUAAAUUAACUGAGAGUCAGAUAAAUAUUUUCCAAAAAGAGGAAUGUUCAAAUCCUCUAUUUCCUCGUAUUUCUGCUGAGUCAUUAUCUCAAAUAAUAUUGAAUAAUACUCAUCAACCACACUAUAAAUCAUACCAUAUAAUUGAUUGCCGUUUUGAGUAUGAGUAUCAAGGUGGCCAUAUAAAAAAUGCCAUUAACAUUAACUCCAAAGACGACAUCGAGAAACAAUUUUUACAGAAAUAUAUUGAAAUGCCGGCGUUACUUAUAUUUCACUGUGAAUUCAGCAACCAAAGGGGUCCUAAUUUGGCUUCCCACUUGAGGAACUGUGAUCGAAUUUUGAAUUAUGAAAACUACCCAGAUCUGUGUUUUCCAGAUAUAGUUAUUUUGGAUGGUGGUUAUGAGAAGUUUUACAGUAAGUUCCCUCAGUUGUGCUUCCCAAGGGCAUAUACGAAGAUGGAUUCUGUGGAAAAUCUCCACCAUUAUGAAAAAGAAUUAGAUAAAUUCAGAAAGGACAAAAGACGUGUUACGACUAGAAAUAAUUCAUUAAUGAAAUUGGCAUCCAUUUCAUCCUACCACAGCCUAGUCGACGAGGAUAAUAUUCCGAACAAAGAGCAUGCUCCAACGAAAUCUCACGGUAAGCUAAUGUUUGAAGGAUUGCCGAGACCUCCUUCAGUAAAAAAUCACGGACCAUUAGUCUCAAGGUCUAGUGCUUCAUCUAUGUCAUCCUUGGGCCUAGAAGCCCCACCUAAAUUGGGCCUCGCUAAGUAUAUGGAUGUUAACUCCUUCAAUAGUGUCGGAUCCAGUGAUGCUGAAAGUUAUUCAUCUCGAAUGAGUCGGAAUAAUUCAUUCUCUGGUAGUGUACAAAGUGGUAAAACGUGCAAUCAGAGUAUAGACAGUGCUGGCACAACUCCAUGGAUGUUAGAAUAG